UGACUGAUAAUGAAACUGAACAGCAUUAUAAUUAGGCAGGACUGCAGCAGAAUGGGUCAGUGCUGAGGCUGAAACAGACAGACUACCCAGGAGAAGAGCAGCAGCAGCAGCAGCAGCAGCAGCAGCAGCAGCAGCAGCAAAGGCAUCCCUCCCUGGUACACAGCAUCUCCGUUCUCCCCCAAGUGAGUGAUGGCUGCAAGUGGAAGCGUCAGGCUCCUCUGCUUGAGUGUUGUCGUCCUCUCCCUCUGCUAUGUGGUGCGUGGAGGGGACCAAGCGGUGGACUGCUGUCUGAAGGUCAGCCACAACAAGAUCCCUUUAAGGAUUCUGGCCAGUUACUGGACCCAGAAGAAGGACCAGGGCUGCAAUAUCGAUGCCGUUGUGUUCAUCACUGAGAAAGGGCGUCAUCUCUGCGCUCCCCCUGAUGAUGUCUGGGUGAAAAGGAGGAUGGCCAAAUUGGAUGCCAGGAAAUGCCAAGAAAACAAUUUCAUGGGCGAUGAGUGCAAAGGAAGGAAGAAGAGAAGUAACUAGAGGAGAGAAUGGAUCUCCAUCUCCUUGCAUCAUCUUGGCGAAAGUGAGGGCCUAUCUCACUGUCUAAGCCCCAAGUCUGUCUUGAGGCUCUUUUUUUAUCUGGUUUCAUGCACUGUCAAGUAUGCUGAUUUACCUGAAGAUAGUGUUUGCUGAAAGGGUUUGGUUUUCUCCACAGCAUUCUUUUUCAUCCAGAGAAAUGAAUAGCAUUCAUAAAGCCAGUAGUUUGGGGUAAAUUGAGAAGGAAACUUUUUACUGUGUGCUUCAAGAUAAAUUGAAUAAAGAUAGAUUAAUGUAUUUUUUUAUGUGAUGUAUUUUGAGCCACAUGUCGACCUCACAGAGGUAACACAAUGAAGGGUCCUGUCUAUAUAAAACUAUUCUAUUUUCCUUUACUAAGCUAUGUGAAAAAUAAAAAUCAGAACUAUCAAA